CUCUGAACUUCUCAAGCAAGCACCACUCCUCGAUCAAGCAAGCAAGAAGCACAACAUAAAACAAAACCAAGACCGCUCGAGGGGCUACCGUAGGGUCAUGUCCAGCUCUGCUCUUGCUGAUGAGCCCUCUAUAGCUAUUUCACUUGCACAUGAUGCCUCUCAACUGUACACGCUUUGUCAGAAAGGAAAUGGCUCCGACGUCAAGAGGUGGGAGCCAGUGCUGGAUUGCAUUUCCUCCUACAAUAUCCAAGCCAAGGAUGGCAAGGUAGAGCCUCCGAAUAGAAAAGCAAGAUGCACAGUUGACCAAGCUCUCCAGUACCGCGACCCGGCAUCCAACAACCAGACUCCACUUCAUUUGGUUUGUGAACGAGGUGCUCCUGUGGAGGUGGUAUCUGGUUUGCUGGGUUUGGUGUCCACAAAGAGCGACAUGGAAACCAUCUUGUCCGCACAAGACAGUAAAGGACACACUCCGCUCCACCUAGCGUUGUCCAAUAUCUGCCCAUCUCCCGAAAUGAUCCAGCUCUUACUCCAGAAUUACCCAGAAGCAGCUUUCGUCAAGGACACGCAUGGACAUCUUCCAGUGUCUUGCUUGGGCAGCAACACUACCGGUAGCCAUGGUCUGGAACAGUUGUCCAAGUCUGGAUCCAACCCACAAAAAGCUGCUAACAAGUGUUUUGAUGUCUAUAUGGAACAAAUGUCCAAGUUUGAGCACAACAACACAAACGACAUGGACCUGUUUCAAGCCGUUGAUAAGUACCCGGAUUGGCUAAGAAAUCAUGCUCUCUUGAACCAACAUGUUCAAGAUUCACUCAACAGGGCUGUGGCACAGCGAUUCUCCACCUCGAUUAUUUUCUUCGACACCUUUUUCCUCCUUUCCAUCAUUGUGACGUUGCAACUUGUUGCCACUAGAAUCAUUGAACAAGAAGAGAAUUUGGAAACCAUGGCCACGACCUAUAACUGGGCAUCCGUAAUCCUUCUCUUUGCAACAACGUACUUCGCAAUAAGAAAACUUGUACACAUGUUCAUUCUGAUGCUGUUACAGGGAAAACUACCAGAGCCCGGCGAGUACCUAAACACGUUGGAUCACAUUGCGUGGACCGUCCUUAUGGUGGUCCUGUCUGUCCUGUUAAUGUCGAUGGACCCCACGAGCAAUGGUGGCGGUCUUCUUACCUUUCUCAUGACCCUGGCAUCUGCCACUGCGUGGAUCCGACUACUGCGACUCAUGUCCCACAUCUCCAUCGAACAGGGCUUGUUGUUGGGUGGUGUCUUAUCAAUGUUGCCCAAGAUCUUUGCCUUUAUGAUGGUGCUCGCUGUCUUCUUGUUGGCAUUUGCGCAAAUGCUACUCAUUUCAACAACACACAGCAGCGACGACUCCAUGGUGUCCGUAUGUUUCCCAAACGAACAACAACAAGAUAGAGAAGUUUCCGCCUUUUGCACCUAUUCCCAAGCUCUGUUACGAGUGUACACCAUGUCCGUGGGAGAAGUAGACGAGAACGACUUUGAACACAGCGUUUUGGCCAAAAUUCUCUAUGCUCUCUUCCUCAUGGCAGUGGCCAUUAUGCUUGCUAACGUGUUGGCCUAUCUCAUUGGAAACGAAAUUAUUCAACAUGAGCAUCACGAGCUGCGCUUCUGGUGGAACCGAAUGGACUUUGUCUUGAGUCUGGACGAAAUCAUCUUGUGCAAACACAUUCUGAAUCACCAAGAGAGCGACAACAUGCUGCGACAACAAUGCCGACGUUUGUGGUCGUUGUUUGCAAACAAACAACUGAGCGCGUUAUCGGGACAAUUCUGGGGAUAUGCCAUCCUGAGACUUCUUGCCGUCUUUGUAAUUGGUCCCUUGUGGUUUUUGAUUGGGUUUGCCACAGCGGGUUGGCUGUGGCCUCCGCAAUUCCGAGAAUACCUCUUCUACGCAAGGACCGGGAAAAGUGAAAACACAACGGCCACUGUCACCACUUCUAUCGUCAACAAUGCGACACAGCAGCAGCCGAGCCAAGAAAUCCUGUCUUUGCGAAAUGAGGUGGUUUCGUUAAAGGGAGAGGUGAAAACCCUCGAAGCAAAGCUGGACCGUCUCAUCGAGAUCUGCAGCAAGGGAGCCAACAAAUGACGCAGGGACACGUGGUGCUCGAACAUUCAGCCUUUCAUUGGGACAGUACAGCAUAUCAUAGCAGAGCAGCAAGGAUCGCUCGAGGCGCAAAGCUUCCCACCCACCAACAUUUUGGCUUCGGGCCCAUCAAGGGGAAAAUGGGAUGGCGAUACGCGCCAAUACCAGUAUGCCAUCAAGCACAAGGGCUUGGAGCAAAUUUCCGAUGCAUCCCAGAAACGAACCUUUCGUCUUCGGGCCUAUCAAGGGGGAUUCGCGCCAAUAUGCAAUCAAGCACAAGGGCUUGGUUGCCUUUCCUGGCUAUCGGAGGAAAACAACCGUUAGAACCAUAGAUAAAGCAACCACAAGGAAGAGUGCGAGAUCACAGCAACGAACAUAGUUAGAGAAACUUAAUUAAGGGGUU